AUGAAGUUCUCUGCUGUGCUAGCGCUUGCCAUUUCUGCUAUCCUUGCCACUGCCAAUGGUGUUCCUCCUCCUGAAAAGUCACUUGCCCCAGGACAGCAAUGUAGCGAUUUCCACAACAAACAGGAUGAGUGCGACGCAUACGAUGAAUGCUUUUAUGACGAUGGUGACGGAGCAUGUGUGUAUAUCCAAAGCGCAUCCGAUCAUUGGUAA